GAGCCGGAAGUUGGCGGGGUGUCAUGGCGGCGGUACAGUAGGGGAAGGGGGAGCCGAGGGGUGAGUGGGGAGGCCGAGUCAGGGUCAGGUCGGGGAGUUGCUGCUAGCCCCGCGGCGGAGGGGUCGCGCCGCGAUCGCCCGGGCUGCGGGCGGAGCGGUGCUGUGCCGUGCGUGGGCCCGGUGGGCUCGAGCGGGCGCCGUGGCGGGGGAGGGCAGGGACCGGCCUCUCCUCGGACUCUCUCAUCGCCUUUCGCCGCCUGUUUGCUGCGGGAGCACCGGCCUGGUUACUUCCGAGGGAAGAAGCGGGACGGCGGGGUAGAUGGUAGCUUCUGCGGACAAGGGCUUGUUAUCCAAAAAGUUGCUCAUCUUAAGUAAACUCUUCAAAUAUGUUCUGAGUUCCUGGAAAGGACGCUGUUAAACACACCUUUAUUUUGCUGAUAAUGGAUGAAGAGAGUCUGGAAGCAGCCAUUCAGACCUAUAAUGCCCAGCUGCAGCAAGUGGAGCUGGCUUUAGGGGCAGGCCUGGACCCAUCGCAGCAGUCGGACUUGAUUCAGUUGCAGGAAGAUUUAAAGCAGCUGAUAGAGCUGACUGAAUCCAGCCUGGUGUCAGUGAAAAAGAGCAAACUUCUGGCUACUUUAGAUACAAAUGCCUCCUCCUCCUCCUCCUCCCCGGUAGGUCUUCUGGAGCAGGACACCAACCCAGACAGUUCUGCCCAAGAUGAGGAGUACGCUGCUUUUAAGGAAGCCAUUGCUGAGCUCGGAACCGAUGAGAAGCCUUCAGCUAAUGACAAUGGGAUAUCAUCAAAGAGAGAUGAAGAAACUGAUGACAAAAGUGAAUCAAAGUACAGUGAAGAGGAAGAGGAGUCUGACAGAGAGGAGGAGGAAUUGAGUGGGAUGAAGGUUAAAGCCCCCUACUACAGUUCUUGGGGCACCCUGGAGUACCAUAAUGCCAUGAUUGUGGGGACAGAGGACUUAGAAGACGGCAGUGCAGGAGUCAGAGUGCUGUACCUCUAUCCAACUCACAAGUCUCUGAAGCCGUGCCCGUUCUUCUUGGAUGACAAAUGCAGAUUUAAAGAGAACUGUCGGUUUUCGCACGGUCAGGUGGUCUCUGUGGAGGAGCUUCAGCCAUUUCAGGAGCCCAAUCUGAGCACGCUGGAGGUGGGCUCAGCCUGCCUGGCGAAACACAGCGAUGGAAUAUGGUACACUGCAAAAAUAACUGACAUCGACAGUGGUUACUACACUGUGAAGUUUGAUUCCCUGCUGCUCAAGGAAGCUGUUGUGGAAGGAGAUAGUGUCAUUCCCCCACUGCGAAGUGAAGAUGGUGCUGAAUCUGCCGAGUCUGAUGAAGACAGUGUUGAUGAUUCUGGUUAUGCUAAAGUGAUAGACUCAGGAGUUCCAGAGAAUGGGGAAUGGACUCCCGCAUGCAGUUCCUCUUUUGGUGGCUGGGAAGCCCAUACUCGUGGCAUUGGCUCCAAACUGCUUGUUCAGAUGGGAUACGAGUUUGGAAAAGGGUUAGGGAAGAAUUCUGAGGGCCGAGUGGAGCCGGUGCAGGCUGUGGUACUUCCUCGAGGGAAGUCCCUCGACCAGUGUGCUGAGGUGCUUCAGAAGAAGAAACAGGGGAAGCUAGACCCAGGCAAAUCGAGGAAAUGCCGAGCAAAGGGAAACAGCUCUGGACAGUCCCCUGCGGGCAGCCGUAAGCCUCCCCGCAACGUGUUUGACUUUUUGAAUGAGAAAUUGCGAGGGAAGACCACUGCGGAGAAGGCUGGAGGGAUGGCACUGCCAGAGAGGAACAGCAAAGAGAUCUACCAUGCUAGCAAGAGCACCAAGAAGGCCCUGAGUGUCCGCCUCUUCCAGACAAUGGAGAAGAUUGAACAAACGCAGCGGGAUAUCAGAGGAAUCCAGCAGGCCCUGGCACGCAACAUUGGACGGCACAGCAUUGCUACAGCUCAGCUGGAGGAGAAGCUGGCUAAUGCACACAAACAGCUGGGGCAGCUGCAGGCCCAGGAAGCCAGUCUGCAGCGGGAGCAGAAGAAAGCAGACACGCAUAAGAAAAUGACUGAGUUCUAGUCUCUGAGAAAGGUGUUUGACUGCAGUGAUUGUCCUUCUAGCCAGCCCCCUGGUGCUUGUGGCCUCAGAGCCUGGGUGAGCCAUCCUGCUCCUCUGGGCUUCAGGCUGCCCAGCCUGAAAACUGGGCUGAAAAGCAGCAGUUUCUAAAACUAGAUGCUUCUGAGCUCUGCUGGGAGGGGGAGGAGUACACAUCCGUCCAGCCCUGAAAGCCUUCAGUAAGCCUGAGCCUUGUAUAAGGACUAGCUACAAGAAAUACGAUUCUCUGCUCUCUUGCACACUUCUUUGCUCUGUUAUCACUACGGUAGCUCCUCCAUCCAGAGUCUGUAGCUACUCGGGGGAUAACAUUGCUGGCUACGAACCAGCUGAGGAGGGGCUUUGAAAGCCCCACAUCCUGCCAUCAACUGUGGCUUGUGUUUGCAGCCAACCGACGAACACAAGUGGAGGCAGGGUCCCGAGCACAUUCCGGCGAAGCAGAAAAAGCUUGUGCUGGGUGAAAACAGCAAAGGCAAAUUGCUUCAACUGCUCUCUACCUUCUGGUGUUUGCUAUGGGAUUUAUCUGAGAACUGAGGUUUUUUGGGAGCAGUUCCUUGUAGCCCUAGUGUAAUGAAUAGACAGAAAGCUGGCAGCUUGGAGGUGGGUACUAGUGGCCUCAAGCAUCAGAUUUCAUCACUUUGACUGUAAGAGUAUCCCUAGGACGUGCUAUAGCCUAACUCAUUGACUUGGCAUGGAAAGCUGCGUGGUUCCACAAGUAGAGUGCCAAAGCUGGGGGAAUAAGACAGCAGAGUAACGGAUUCUCAAACCACCUAGCUAGGAACAGCUCCGCAGGGAACCCUGUGAUUUUUUGGCAUCGUUACUUGAGUUUUUCUGUCCUAGGUGGCUCGCUGAACACGUGUCCUUUUAUUAAAAAACCUCAGGACCCAGAUCCAGGUUGGACUGGGCCCCAGAUGAGCACAAAGAUCAGGAGGUCUGUAUGUGCCCAGCAUGCAGCCCUGUCUGUGGGAGAGCUUCAGGCUAUGCUGCAAGCAGGCCAAGCAAGCGAAGUGCCCUUCCCUGCAGCGUGGAGAGUCUUUGGACAGGAAGGUUGUCUUCUCCCCUAGGUUAUAUUCUGCGUUGGCGGCAGCCAGUCCUUGCCCAAGAGGAGAUGGUGGUUUCACCAGAUUCUGUUUCUGGUGGAACUUGUGCAUUGUAACUGCUUUUUAAAAAAAAAAAAUUGUUUGCAAUUUCAUGCCAGUAUCUUAAGGGCACAUUUUUUUCUUAAUUUAAGAAAUUGAUUUCCUUUUAUGCUGUGAGUCAUUUUUCUAAUGAAAAGUUUUGCUCCUUUAGUACCACCUUUUUUUAUCUGUUCCUAAGAAACUUAUAAAGCUGUCAGCCUGGUCAGGGCUGCACCUACUUGUAGGGUCAGGCUGCCAAACUAACCAGAAAAUCUAAGGCUGAAGGAGAUACGAUCAGAGUUGUUCAAGUCAUGUGGGAUUUAGCGUUGCUGCAGACACACCUCAGAAAACACAGAGCAACAGCAAAAGUAAACAAGACGCACGUCUUCAGGAAACCUGUUAGAGUGACUCUUUUCUCUUGGAAAGCACUUGGAUCCUGCUGUGAUGGGCACCGUGUAGAUGUGCAAGGUGGCGUGGGCUGCCUCGAGCACUUCAACAUCCAUCGGUUUCUAACUAAAUUGGCCGUACUAUCUUCAUUGUUCUGAAUUUGUGUUCUCCACGCACUGGGCUUAACUCGAGGGUUUAACAAUGGUUGCUCAGUGCCCUUCCCUCACAAAUGACUGUUUGUUCCCCACACUGAAAUGUUGAGUGGUGACAAGGAUUAAUGUGCCCAGCUUAGCAUGGGUGCUCGCUGAAGUGGCCCAUGACUGGUGAGCCAAGCUGGGCAGAGAAAUUUCUUGGGUUUGUUUUGUGCUCUGACACUAUAUAACAUCAUCGUCUCCUCUUUAAGAAUUGGGUGUAUUAGCCCUGUGUCUCAGCUAAGGUGUAUUUUGACCCUUCCUUUGGAUUUCCACAGCCUUACUUGUCAGACUCCUAUUCGAAUGGCUGCUCCCUCCCACCUAAGACAGUUCACGUCCCUGGUGAAUAAAGUUGGUUUUUAUUUUUUUU